AUGGGGAGAGGGGGAGGGGUAAGGAGUGAUGGAGGGGGGAGCUCCCCUGGGCUUGUCAUUGCUUGUGUCCGUUCAGGCAGUCGUUUUCGUUGGUGGGCAGUCACCUUCGUUUGUGGGUGGUUGUCAACGUUCGUGGGCGGGUCGCCCUCGUCUUGUUCGUGGGCGGGUCGCCCUCGUCUUGUUCGUGGGCGGGUCGCCCUCAUCUUGUUCGUGGGCGCUCGUGGACGUUCGCGCAGGUGGUCGUAUUUGUUCGUGGAUGUUGGUGGGAGCUCGUGGUCGUUGGUGGGAGCUCGUGGUCGUUGGUGGGCGCUCGUGGUCGUUGGUGGGCGCUCGCAGUCGUUGGUGGUCGUCCGUGGGUGUUCGUCUUCGUCCGUGGUCCACCACCCACACCUUCAUCCAUCGUCGUCUUCAUUUUUAGGGCAGUCGUUGUGGUCCGCCAGGCGAAACAAAGACGACCAACGACGACCGCUGUCGUCGUUCGUCGUCCGGUUGCCACGUCGCAGCUAG